GCGCGCAGAGCUGCCGCCGCCAUGCGCAGCCCCGGGCCCGCCUGUUGCGCUCUGCUGCUCGUCCUGGGCCUCUGCCGGGCGCGUCCCCGCAACGUUCUGCUUAUCCUCGCGGACGAUGGAGGCUUUGAGAGUGGCGCAUACAACAACAGUGCCAUCUCCACCCCUCACCUGGAUGCCCUGGCCCGCCGCAGUCUCAUCUUCCGCAAUGCCUUUACCUCCGUCAGCAGUUGCUCUCCCAGCCGUGCCAGCCUCCUCACUGGCCUGCCCCAGCACCAGAAUGGUAUGUAUGGGCUGCACCAGGACAUGCACCACUUCAGCUCCUUCGACAAGGUGCAGAGCCUGCCGCUGCUGCUCAGCCAGGCUGGUGUGCGCACAGGCAUCAUUGGGAAGAAGCACGUGGGACCGGAGGGAGUGUACCCGUUUGACUUUGCGUACACGGAGGAGAAUGGCUCUGUGCUCCAGGUGGGGCGGAACAUCACAAGAAUUAAGCUGCUAGUCCGGAAAUUCCUGCAGACUCAGGACGACAGGUCCUUCUUCCUCUAUGUGGCCUUCCAUGACCCUCACCGCUGUGGCCAUUCCCAGCCCCAGUACGGAACCUUCUGUGAGAAGUUCGGCAGCGGGGAGAGAGGCAUGGGGCGUAUACCAGACUGGACACCCCAGACCUACAACCCUCGGGAUGUGCUGGUACCUUACUUUGUCCCUGACACACCAGCAGCCCGAGCUGACCUGGCUGCUCAGUACACCACCAUUGGCCGGAUGGACCAAGGGAUUGGACUUGUGCUCCAGGAGCUGCGUGGAGCUGGUGUCCUGAACGACACCCUGGUCAUCUUCACGUCGGACAAUGGGAUCCCCUUCCCCAGCGGCAGGACCAACCUGUACCGGCCGGGUACCGCUGAACCCUUGCUGGUCUCAUCCCCACGGCACCCGCAACGCUGGGGCCAGGUCAGCGAGGCCUAUGUGAGCCUCCUAGACCUCACACCCACCAUCUUGGAUUGGUUCUCCAUCCCCUACCCCAGCUAUGCCAUCUUUGGCUCAAAGACUGUCCAGCUGACAGGCCGGUCCCUUCUGCCAGCGCUGGAGGCAGAACCUGCGUGGGCCACAGUCUUUGGCAGCCACAGCCACCACGAGGUCACCAUGUUCUACCCCAUGCGCUCUGUGUACCACCAGAACUUCCACCUGGUACACAACCUUGGCUUCAAGAUGCCUUUUCCUAUCGACCAGGACUUCUAUGUUUCGCCAACCUUUCAGGACCUUCUGAACCGCACUAUGGCCGGUCAGCCCACAGGCUGGUACAAGGACCUCCACCACUACUACUACCGGGAGCACUGGGAGCUCUUUGAUGUCAGCCAGGACCCCCACGAAACCCAGAACCUAGCUGCUGACCCACGCUUUGCACAGGUGCUGGAGGUGCUGAAGGACCACCUGUUCAAGUGGCAGUGGGCAACCCAUGACCCCUGGGUAUGCGCCCCUGAUGGCAUUCUGGAGGAGAAGCUCUCUCCUCAGUGCCGUCCUCUCCACAACGAGCUGUGACCAUCCCUGGGCACUGCCUGCUACCCCUUCCUAGAUGUGGCUAAGGGACGAAGGAGGCAGCACCAACAGUCUCUCCCUCCCUCCAUCCGUCCUCAGAUACCUCUGCCAUCUCAUUCCUGCCUCCUGGAAGGGACACCCAAGUUGUGCCCCGCCCAUUACUGUCACCAUAGCAGGGGACCCUGCUGCUCUUGUGUUUGAGCUGUUUUCCAGCACAGGAAUUCUAGGGGAGACUCUGGCACAGGGCAAGGUCCCCAGUUUGGGAUGGGCUUGGGGACCUGCAGGUGGAGGGGCAGAGACUCAGGUUUGAGACCCUCUUUAGUUUGGAACCUGUGGAUGUUUCUAAGCCGUUCGCCCAAGAGGAGCCCGGGGUUCUGUGUCCCAUGCGGGUGGCAGGCAGGUUCAGAACUGCAGGUCUGCUUUCACCAACCUUGGGCUGGAGGAGGCCUUUGCACCGCCACGGGCUUGCUCCUGUGCCUUCCCCGAGUCAGGGUCUCAUGUCUGCCCUGGUAGGGCUUUCGUGGAUUCUUGGCAGUGAUGAGCUUCCUCCUGUGGUCCUGGACACAACUCAUCCUACUUUUUGAGAGUGGCCAAGGAUGAGAGUGUGACAGUGCUCCACGGCUGUGGCUUGGGUUACUUGUCCUUGUGUGACGCCAGCAUCUAACUCCACACUUGCCCUUCUUCCACCCAGCAUAGGAGCAGAAGCUCAGCCUGGAAAACCUAGAGAGGCCUCUC